GGCGUCAGACUGGAAGCUGGAGCAGCCUGAUUGGACGGGACGGCUGCGAAUCACAGCGAGAGGAAAAGUGGCUUAUAUUAAACUGGAGGAUAAAGCCUCGGGAGAGCUGUUUGCUCAGGCCCCAGUCAUUGAGUUCCCCGGGAUCACAGUGGAGACUGUCAGCGACUCCAGUCGAUACUUUGUUAUCCGUAUCCAAGAUGGAAACGGACGCAGUGCUUUUAUUGGGAUCGGGUUCAAUGACCGUGGGGAUGCUUUUGAUUUCAACGUAUCACUACAGGAUCACUUCAAAUGGGUGAAACAGGAGAAUGAGAUCUCGAAGGAAUCUCAGAACAAGGAUACAGGACCGAAGCUUGAUCUGGGUUUCAAGGAGGGACAAACCAUCACCCUCAAUAUCGGGCAAACAAAGAGGAGAGAUGGUAAGCCCCGCCUCCAGGGGGCAGUAGGUUUUGGGCUCCUCCCACCUCCCCCUGGUGGAAAGAUAGCCCUGCCCUCUUCCACUGAAUCACCCAAUCACAUUCCAGAGCCAGUUGCGCUAAACUCUGCUCCCCGAGUGGCAGCAGAAGACACAGGUUCUCUGUUAGAUUUGGACGCCCCUGAUUCAGUUCCCUCGGUUCCAGCACAAAGCUUGGAUACAUGGGGAGAUUUCUCAGCUCCAGCCAGUUCCGUUCCCGCUCAGAACAAGCAAUCGACAAACUGGGUCCAGUUCUAAAAGGGAACACCACUCCCAGUCCGAGCCACCAGUGAUCAAACUGAAUCCCAGUAUCAAACUGGGAACUAACCAGUUUCCCCAUGUCACCUUACAUAACCUCAACCCCCCCCCCC